GGCAUCUCCAUCCCGGACCACGGCUUCUGCCAGCCCAUCUCCAUCCCGCUGUGCACGGACAUCGCGUACAACCAGACCAUCAUGCCCAACCUGCUGGGCCACACGAAUCAGGAGGACGCGGGCCUGGAGGUACACCAGUUCUACCCGCUGGUGAAGGUGCAGUGCUCCGCCGAGCUCAAGUUCUUCCUGUGCUCCAUGUACGCGCCCGUGUGCACCGUCCUGGAGCAGGCGCUGCCGCCCUGCCGCUCCCUGUGCGAGCGCGCGCGCCAAGGCUGCGAGGCGCUCAUGAACAAGUUCGGCUUCCAGUGGCCAGACACGCUCAAGUGCGAGAAGUUCCCGGUGCACGGCGCGGGAGAGCUGUGCGUGGGCCAGAACACGUCGGACAAAGGUACCCCGACUCCCUCCUUGCUGCCCGAGUUCUGGACCAGCAAUCCUCAACACGGCGGUGGCUACCGCGGUGGCGGCUACCCGGGGGGCGCCGGCCCGGUGGAGCGGGGCAAGUUCUCCUGCCCCCGCGCCCUCAGGGUGCCCUCCUACCUCAACUACCACUUUCUGGGGGAGAAGGACUGCGGCGCGCCCUGCGAACCCACCAAGGUGUACGGGCUCAUGUACUUCGGGCCGGAGGAGCUGCGCUUCUCGCGCACCUGGAUUGGCAUCUGGUCGGUGCUGUGCUGCGCCUCCACGCUUUUCACGGUGCUCACCUACCUGGUGGACAUGCGGCGCUUCAGCUACCCGGAACGGCCCAUCAUUUUCCUGUCCGGCUGUUACACAGCGGUGGCCGUGGCCUACAUCGCUGGCUUUCUGCUGGAGGACCGGGUGGUGUGUAACGACAAGUUUGCAGAGGACGGGGCGCGCACGGUGGCGCAGGGCACUAAGAAGGAGGGCUGCACUAUCCUCUUUAUGAUGCUCUACUUCUUCAGCAUGGCCAGCUCCAUCUGGUGGGUGAUCCUGUCCCUCACCUGGUUCCUGGCAGCCGGCAUGAAGUGGGGCCACGAAGCCAUCGAGGCCAACUCACAGUAUUUUCACCUAGCCGCCUGGGCUGUGCCAGCCAUCAAAACUAUAACCAUCCUGGCGUUGGGCCAGGUGGACGGCGAUGUACUGAGUGGAGUGUGUUUUGUAGGGCUUAACAACGUGGACGCGCUGCGCGGCUUUGUGCUGGCGCCGCUCUUCGUAUACCUGUUCAUCGGCACCUCUUUCCUGCUGGCCGGUUUUGUGUCACUCUUCCGCAUCCGCACCAUCAUGAAGCAUGACGGCACCAAGACUGAAAAGCUGGAGAAGCUCAUGGUGCGCAUCGGAGUCUUCAGUGUGCUCUACACAGUGCCGGCCACCAUCGUCAUCGCCUGCUACUUCUAUGAGCAGGCCUUCCGGGACCAGUGGGAGCGCAGCUGGGUGGCCCAAAGCUGCAAGAGUUAUGCCAUCCCCUGCCCUCACCUCCAGGGGGGUGGAGGAGUCCCACCACACCCGCCCAUGAGCCCGGACUUUACAGUCUUCAUGAUCAAAUAUCUCAUGACGCUAAUCGUGGGCAUCACAUCUGGCUUCUGGAUCUGGUCUGGGAAGACACUGAACUCCUGGAGGAAGUUCUACACGAGGCUUACCAACAGCAAACAGGGGGAGACUACCGUCUGAGACCUGAACUCUACCUUCCCCAGUUCUUGGUCGGAUCCCAGCCAUCCGCUUGAAAGCUGGCCCCAAGGAAUGCCUGCCAAGCCUGGCCUCUCCGGGCUUCUUCGCUGGACACUCAACUUUUGCAGGCUCCUUUCAACAAACAGCACAGCUCCUGCAAAAGCUUCCGUCCCCAGGGUAAAGGAAAGAGAGGGCCCAACUGCGGAGGUGUGUGUGUGUGUGUGUGUGUGUGUGUGUGUGUGUGUGUGUGUACCGAUCUCUCUAGCCCUAGCUCUGCUACCAGGACUGUAUGCUUUUAUGAUUGUAAAUAGCCUGUGUAAGAUUUUUGUAAGUAUAUUUGUAUUUAAAGACUACCGAACACGCGAUUUUCUUUCCUUUUAAAAAUGUUUAAUUAUUUAGGGUGGCUUAAGCAUUUGAAACUUUCCUUACUUGCCUUUUUCUGAAAACUGCAGAGGAGGUAAAAGGAGCACACUUGCCAAGUGCCCUCAUCCCAGUCGUGGGAGUGUGGGCCUGGCUAUCACACUGCGGGGUGUGGCAGGGGCUGCCUCUCCAGGGUCAUUUCCCAUUGCUUCCUUCAGCUUCUCUCUCCCCUCCUUGCUUGAGGUGGAAACUUUUAAGGUGCGGAACUUCACUAAGUUCCCCGAUCCUGAGGUGGGCCCCGCCCAUUCCAGUUCCUCCUCCUUUCAGAGGCAGAUUGUGGAGCCUGUCCCUGUGACUUCCAGACGCUGCCUUUUUUUGUUUGUUUGUUUGUUUUUUUGAGCACCACCUUCCAGCUUAAUAGAGGCCCACGGGUGGCCACUGCCCGUUGACCCAGCCUCCCUCAACCGUGGUGUCCCUCGCCUAGAUGUUCUCUCCUUCCACCUUAAUUGGUCAGAGAGUAAUGCAGUUACCAAUGCCUAACCUUGGAAGGUCUGACUUUAUGGGUGAGCUCAUUUUACUGUUCAGUGUCUAGAACCUGCUAUGGGUUUGGCCAUCGUUAUGAAAAGAUGUGGCUGGUGAGAUUGUGGAAGAGCAGCAAGCUCUGUGUGGGUUGGAAGACACUGUAGAGGGAGAUUAUAAAAUGUUAGUUCUAAUUGCAUUUUGAUGACCUGCACCCCCCUCCCCACCUCCCCGCACUGGCUGCCUGCCUUGAGAUUUUACCCUUCUAAGAAAUGGAGACUUUGAGGUCUCGUGGAAAGCUUGGUGAAGGAGUUGAUCUUUGCCUUCCUUAACAGGAUAGCAGAGCAUACACAGACUAUGGGAACUGAAGGAGAUCUCAGUGGAGUGGACUUCCUCAAAAUGAAAGGCUGUUUUCUGGUUUUAAUCAAAUUGUAAUUAUCUCAACUUUACAACCUGGAAGUUGUAUACUAUCCACACAUUAUGAUUCCUCAGCAACACAUUCUGAGGGAGGAGCCAUCCACACCCCCAGAAAUAGCCUGGUGUUCUUCAGAAAGCAGAGGUGUAGACUAAUUGAUGGGUGAGAGAACCACAUACGAUCUGGGCCUGCAUGCUGAAUGGGAAGAGUGACCAUUCCCUUUGCAUCCUGUUGUGUGUGCUCCUGUUUGGAUUUACAGCAGUAAUGUCAAGUGUAAAUCUCUCAAAGCCAUUGAAAAACAUUCACUUUAGUUCUCUAUGAAGAGGAGUAAAACAACACUCCUGAUUGUAGUGUUUAAACUUUAAGAGUUUAUCAAAAAUGCUGGCAUGUAGGACCUAAAUUUAUCUAUGUCGGUCAUUUCCUAAAAAUGACAUUGGUUUUUGAAUUUGGUAUGCAUUUAUUCUGUCCAUUUAUCACAAAACCAUUUAUAUUUAUAGAGGAAUAGAAGUUUAUAUAUAUAAAAUGCCAUAUUUUUAAUUUCUCAAAUAAAAAAUGAAAGUUUUGUAUGAAA